AUGACGCUUCCUCCUGAUGCUGUGGGAGGCUUGUUUGUUUCAUCAUGCCCAGUUUGUGAUGAUGCCCAAGGACAAUCUUCCAUUAACAAUGAAUAUGCAGAAGUCCAACUUCAAGACCUUAUUAAACGCAUGCGAGAAAGAACCAGCCAUUACAAGGAAAAGUUGGCUGAUGCAGAAGUUUCAUCUGCUGAACCAAGUCCUACUACAACGCCUGUCAAACAAAAGCCACCUCCACCUCCUCCACCUCCUCCACCUGCAAAAGAGGAGGAAAAGGACGAUGAAAAAAAGAAGGAAAAGAAUGUAGAAGCAGAAAAGGAAGCUAUACCAGAAGAGGAACACUACUGUGACAUGCUGUGCUGUAAAUUUAAGAGAGCGCCACUGAAAAGAUACAUUGAUAAAUUCAAGAUGCCGGAAUCAAUUGAUGCCUAUACUGACUUUUCUUACGUUGUAUGGCUUUCCUUUGUUGCUUUAUCUUUCAACUGGAACUGUUGGUUUAUACCACUAAGAUGUGUCUUCCCAUUUCAAACAUCUCAUAAUAUUUUAAAUUGGAUGAUCGUUGACUAUUCGUGCGAUGCUAUAUACCUCUUGGAUAUGCUUUUAUUUCAGACACGACUGCAAUUUAUUAAGGGUGGAGACAUAAUAACGGAUAGAAAGCAAACAAAACAAAAUUACUGGGAAUCUAAAAAGUUUCGGCUUGACGCUGCAUCUGUGAUACCGUUUGAUAUUUUGUAUUUAGUUUUUGGAUGCAAACCAGUGUUGAGAAUCAACCGGAUUUUAAAGUAUUCUACAUUCUUUGAAUUUAAUGACCGACUUGAGGCCUUCCUGAAGAGAGCAUAUAUUUACAGAGUCAUCCGGACAACAGGUUAUCUCUUGUUUAUUCUUCACUUAAAUGCGUGCAUCUAUUACUGGGCCUCUACCUAUGAGGGUCUUGGCAGCACAAAAUGGGUUUAUGACGGAAAUGGAAAUAUGUACCUCAGAUGUUAUUACUUUGCAGUUCGUACCUUAAUCACAAUUGGAGGACUUGCUGAACCUCAGACAUUAUUUGAGAUCAUUUUUCAACUAUUGAAUUAUUUCUCUGGUGUCUUUGUCUUCUCAAGUUUAAUUGGACAGAUGCGUGAUGUAAUUGGAGCAGCAACUGCAGGACAAAGUUAUUACCGUGCCAGCAUAGACCAAACUAUAUCAUACAUGAACACUUAUAAAAUUCCUAAAAUUGUGCAGAACCGUAUAAAAACAUGGUAUGAAUACACUUGGGAUUCGCAAGGAAUGCUAGAUGAGUCAGAGCUACUGGAGCAAAUGCCAGCAAAAAUGCAACUGGCUAUUGCUAUUGAUGUCAAUUUUGCAAUUGUUGACAAAGUUGACUUAUUUAAAGGAUGUGACGCUCAAAUGAUCUAUGACCUAUUACUCAGACUUAAAUCUAUUGUCUACUUACCUGGUGAUUUUGUCUGCAAAAAGGGAGAAAUUGGAAGAGAGAUGUACAUCAUCAAGCAGGGUGCAGUCCAAGUAUUAGGUGGUCCUGAUGACAAGACCGUGCUCGUUACUCUGAAGGCUGGAGCUGUUUUUGGAGAAAUCAGUCUUCUAUCUUCUGGAGGUGGAAACCGUCGCACUGCUAAUGUUGUUGCCAAUGGUUUUGCCAAUCUAUUUAUCCUUGACAAAAAAGACCUCAAUGAAAUAUUGGUUCACUAUCCAGAUUCAAAAAAAAGUCUUAUGAAGAAAGCCAAGAAGUUAUUAAAAGAGAAAGGUAAACCAACAGUAGCAGCAGUUGUAAGGAAAGGCUUUGCUCAUUUGAUACCACCAAAGCCUGAGACUCCCCGUAUGUUUCAGACCCUUAUGUCUGCCACAGCUAACAAGCCUGGAUUCAAUCUUCUGUUGAAACUGAAGAUGCAGAAGAUGAAAAAUGGAAAACAGAACACUGACAAAAUGGAUAGUUCAGUUAUUACGCCUGGGGAUCAAAACAUGAAGACUAAUAAUGAAAUAAAAGAAGAAACAGAGCCACAGAAAAAAGAAGAAAAACCGGCUGGACAGACAGAAGCCAUACCCAAAGUAGAGACCAAAACUGAUCCUAAGAACAAAUCAUAUAUUAUAAGCAUGUCCCCAUCAGCAGUUACUGGAGAAGGAGAAAUCCUCACUGUAGAAGUCAUGAAUAGUAAAGAGAAAGAUUAG